CAGCACAAUUCGACAUUUCCAAUAGCCCGGCGACGACCAAGAUGGCAGGCUGCCACGACGGCAAGGACGGUACGAACGGCUGCGGCUGCUCAACAUCACAAACGAGUGCUUCUGAGCCGCGACGACGCUUCGCCAAGGCUGCCUCGACCUCGGCUGCGGUCCCCGCCGACAUCCUGGAAGAUGAGGCUCUGAAUGCAGCAAUUGCCUCGAUCCUCCCGCCCAAUUACAACUUCGAGAUUCACAAGACAAUCCACCACGUUCGUCGUAAUGGUGCGACUUGUGUAGCCCUGCAGAUGCCCGAGGGUUUGACUCUCUGGGCUACGGGGAUAGCUGAUAUAGUGGAGACAUUCACCGAGGCCACCACGGUCAUCAUGGGGGAUGUGACGUAUGGAGCGUGCUGCGUAGACGACUACACCGCCAUGGCGCUAGGAUGCGAUAUGCUGGUACACUAUGGCCACAGUUGCUUAGUACCGGUGGAUCAGACGGCCAUCAAGACGCUGUACGUCUUUGUCGAGAUUGCAAUCGAUCCGGGACACUUGGCCAAGACGGUGCGCGCCAACUUUCCUAGUGAGAGGGAGGCAUUCAGGGCAAGAAUACUGGGAGGAUCGCAGGGUAAAGAGGGAGAGACACAGCCUGACGAGUCUGCAUUGAAUCAAAUGGCAAAGGUCCAGAUCGGAGUCGAGGAAGAAGGAGUACAUGCGAGGAUACAGCCUAGCCAGGGAAAGGCUGCCGAUAGACCAACACACUUGGCUCUCGUUGGGACCGUGCAGUUCAUCAAUGCUCUGCACAGCUUACAAGACGCCCUCGAAGCAAGCAUCGAGCCAAAUGACAGCGCCGAGCAAGCGCAACGUCUGCUCUUGACGUCUGGCGAGCCAUCGGCCGCCUCUCCAUCAGCCAUCCCUUUCCCCCUCCCUGCUCUCGGCCGCUACACGGUCACCAUUCCGCAAAUCAAGCCUCUAUCACCUGGCGAGACCCUAGGCUGCACCUCUCCGCGCUUGCCUUCAGAUGUGGACGGGGUCAUCUACGUAGGGGACGGACGCUUCCACCUCGAGAGUGUCAUGAUUGCCAACCCGCGCCUCCCGGCUUUCCGAUACGACCCGUAUACCAAGCGCUUUGUCAGGGAGCUGUACGACCAUGCCGAAAUGAGAAAGACGAGGGGGGAGGCAGUCAGGAGGGCGAAGGAGGCACUACCCUCCGGAAAGCAGGACGUCGUGGCGCACGGGCCGGCAGAAGCAGAGAGCAACGGCGACAAGAAGGUGUCAGUCAUGUCUGCUUCAGCACCCGAGGCAAAUGCCUGGGGCUUAAUCCUCGGCACCCUCGGACGACAAGGCUCCCUCUCCGUCCUCUCGCACUUGUCCUCCCUCGUCGGCCCACGCGCCUCCUUCGUUCCCAUCCUGCUUUCCGAGCUCUCACCCUUCAAGCUCUCCCUCUUCAACCGAUACGAUGCAACGUCCCUCUCCACCUUCGUUCAGACCUCCUGCCCUCGCUUGAGCAUCGACUGGGGGUCUGCAUUCGAUCGACCUCUGCUCAGCCCGUAUGAGGCAGCAGUCGCUCUGGGAAGGACGGAAGGAUGGGAAGUGGAGAAGGCCGAGAAGCGGAGACUGGGAAUGAGGAGGGACGUUGCCAAGGCGCAGGAGGAGGAGCAAGAAGAAGAGGUCGGACGAGAGGAGGGAGGCGACUACCCGAUGGACUUCUAUGCUGACGACUCGAGAGGCCCCUGGACUCCCAGACACGGGAGGGGAAUGGCAGCGAGGAAGAAGGCGCCUGGGGCCACGUCGAAUCGCGAGCUGCUCAAGGCGAGGAUGAGGGAGGCACAGGCCAAGAGAGCGGCGGCGGCGGCAACGGCAGCGUGACCUCUAGUCUCCAGCACGGACCCACAUCAUCUUGUAUAUCAUCAGAGACAUCUCCAUUACGAAUGCGCACGCCUGUACAUCUCUGUU